AGCCGCGGCCUGCAGUGGAGCCGCAGCCCGGAGCAGCAGCCGCGGGAGCGGCGGGGCCUGGAGAGACUCAGCGCUGGCCGGCCGGGGCCCCCCGCACCGAAGCCCGGGGAGCGCUCCUGGGACGAAGCCAAGGCCCGGCGGAAGGCGGCGGAGGCGGCCGCUCAGCCUCGCGAGCCGCCGCGGCCUCCCGCGGUAGCCGGGCCCGGGCAAGAGGAGCUGGGGCCUGGGGGGAAACCAGGGACAGCCUCCGGGCAGCCAGGGUGGGGGGGACACCCCCGUAGCCUGUCAGGGUGGGGGAAGAGACCCUGCCCGCCGCCCCUCGCCCCAUCCGCAGCCGUGAGGGGACACCCCGUUAGGCAGCCCCUCGCCCGGCGUGGGGGGACGGCCCGGCGGCCCCUCGCCGCCCCCGCCUCGCUGGCAGGCCUGGGCGAACCCGCCUGCCAGCCCCCUUUCCCGCAGCUGGCGGCAGAGACACUUGCCUUCUUCUCUGCUAACGAGCCAAGGGUGGGUGAAGGCCCCGGCACUAAGCCCUGGUAACUAUCUAGAAGCAGGUCUGCACUUCGCUGUGGAAUAGAGCCUUUUGGAGCUCCCUCUGUACCACUUCAAGGGAGAGGCAUCCUCAGACCACAGUUUCUGAGCAUUGUGAGAAUAACCCUUACCACUUACUCCCCCUGCUACUGGGGAAAUUCCUCCCUGAAGCAGGAGACAGCCCUUCCCUAGCUCUUUCCUAGAGGACGUAGUAAGAGGGGAGUCUUCACAGAAGAAACCCCAUAUGCCCAAGAAAGGCAGUCCCCAAGACAGAAAUAACCAGGAGCUCCAGAAUUUACCUAGUAGUUUUAAUUAGCAGGCAGCAGAGAAGGCAAAACAAGGGAGAGAAAGCAGAGGCAGAUUUAGAUAUUCUUCCCUUUUCCAGUUGCUGAUAGCCAUUGGAGAUAAUUUACAAUACCAACCUCAUCCUCCUUCAUCCCAAGGAAGAUUCCCCCAUCCCCUAAUUGCAAGAGGUUGUCUUCAAAUAUCCUGUGCAAGGAGAGAAGACGCCCCUCCCAGUUACAGGGAAAAGGAAAAUUUUGCUGAUAAUAUCCAGAGAAAUAGCAAUAGUUUUUCUUUCAGAGAAGGAGAUUUGCCCACCCUUAAGGACAAGGUGUGCUUGAAGAGGGGAGGGAUUUAUAGGUAGGGAGAUUGGGAAAAUUGGUCUCUGAAAUAAUCUGACAAUCAGUGAAAAAGCUGUCUCCCAGGAAAAUACCCCUUUAUUAGCUGCUAAAAAGGACAGAGAAUCUCCAUCCUGGGAUAAACCCAACAGUUCUAGGGGACUGACAAUCUCAGGCAGAUUGUUUUAAUAUUCAAGAUCCUGAUUUCAUCCACAAUCCCUUCGCCCUCAAAAUAUUUAUUGAAGAAGCUCUUGGAAUAGCUGACAGCAACACUGCAAGGAUGGGUCUCAGAGAAGGAGUGUGAAGGACCCCAGAAACCAGCAGUGAAGAUAAUUCACCUCCCUCCAGAAAAUCUUCCAAACAACAUACUCCUGCUCCCAGCAUCAUGGCCUCUGACCUGGAAAGCAGCCUCACUUCCAUAGACUGGCUCCCACAGCUUACUUUAAGGGCUACUAUUGAAAAAUUAGGGGGUUCCUCACAAGCAGGACCUCCAGGUGCUGCCCGAAAGUGUCCCCCAGGCUCACCGACAGAUCCCAAUGCCACCCUGAGUAAGGAUGAGGCUGCAGUGCACCAAGAUGGGAAGCCACGAUACAGCUAUGCCACAUUGAUCACAUAUGCCAUCAACUCAUCACCUGCCAAGAAGAUGACGCUUAGUGAGAUCUACCGUUGGAUCUGUGACAACUUUCCCUACUACAAAAAUGCUGGUAUUGGUUGGAAGAAUUCUAUUCGUCAUAACCUCUCUCUGAAUAAAUGUUUUCGAAAGGUGCCUCGGCCAAGAGAUGAUCCUGGGAAGGGUUCUUAUUGGACAAUAGAUACAUGUCCAGAUAUAUCUCGCAAGAGGCGGCAUCCUCCAGAUGAUGACAUACCACAAGACUCACCAGAGCAAGAGGCAAGUAAAAGCCCCCGAGGGGCUGUUCCAGUCAGCACAGAAGCUUCUCUACCACCUGAGGCCACCCCUCAGCUGUCGCUCCAGAGCACCACCCCUAUUGCCAACUACAGUCAGCAGAGUGCAGGGCCUGUGGAUGUUGCCUCUUCUGUAGCAGGGGGGCAGGGCCGUGAAGGGGCUGAUGUGCCACCACCAUUGUACAGUGCCAACCAUGACUUCAAAUUCUCCUACUCUGAGAUCAACUUCCAGGAUCUUAGCUGGUCCUUCCGAAACCUCUACAAAUCCAUGCUGGAGAAAUCAUCUUCCUCUCAGCACGGUUUCUCUUCUCUCCUUGGUGAUAUGCAGCCCUCCAACCACAACUACUACAUGUACCAGCAGCAGCAGCAGCAAGGCCCCUCGUCGGUGGGCACUGCUCCCCCGCUCCACACUCCAACCCCAGAAGGCUGCCCAUCCCAAGGGGGAAAGCAGCAGGGUGGUGAAGGUUAUGGCCCUCCACCAGUGAUGUCCAUGCACCCGCCCCCAAUGCAGCAUGGAGGCUACCACCAGCAUCAACAACAUCACCCACAUUCCCACCCACAGCAGCAGGCACAUCAGCACCAGCAGCAGCAGCAGUCACAGGCUUCAAUCAACAAUGCUGGCUUUGUGUUUCCCCCUGAUUGGUGCUCCAACAUUGAUUCCCUGAAGGAAAGUUUCAAGAUGGUAAACCGGCUGAACUGGUCUAGCAUUGAGCACUCCCAGUUUUCAGAGCUGAUGGAGAGUCUGCGCCAGGCUGAGCGGAAGAACUGGACGCUGGAUCAACACCAUAUUGCCAACCUCUGUGACUCCCUUAAUCACUUCCUUACCCAGACUGGUCAGCUCCCUCAUCUAGUUGGCCCACAGCAGCCCCCUCGGAUCUCUGAUUCUUGUGCCCUGAACAGUGGCAAACAGGAACAAUCCAUGAACCAAGUGAACUCCUAUGGUCAGCCCCAGCCUCCCCAUCUCUUCUCUGGGCCAUCUCCUAUGUACCAGAUUUCCACCCAGGACUCUCCAGGAUAUAAUCGCCCAGCUCACCAUCUGGUCCCUCGGCCUCCAGGGCCGCCUCCAGGUGCCAAUGAAGAAAUCCCCGAUGAUUUUGACUGGGACUUGAUCACCUAGCAAGUGACAGACUCGAUAGCCCAUCCUUCGUGAGGGAUGCAGGAAGGGAGGGGGACACGGGGUCAAUGGUGCCAGCACCACCCUCCCCAGCCUCCCUGCCUUGCCUGUAUAUAGAUAUAUAUUCUCUAUCUCCGCCAGAGAAGCCACCGCAAGAUGCUGCCGAAGAUAAUCCUUCCUUGCGUCCUGUUUUAUCUUCUUUUUCUUCUUUUGUUUAUUAUUAUUAUUGUUAUUAUUAUUACCAAUAAUUGAGCACAGCCCUCCCCCUCCUCUGGUGGCCUCGGACGCAUCAGAUUGGCUCUUUCAUGUUGCGUGGUGCCCUGUGGAGGGCGGAAAGAUUGGUCCUUGGUGCUGUGAGAAGACUUCGGAAGGCCGAAUCCUUGAGUGCAUCUUUCUCUGCCUCCGACAUUUUGCGUUUAACAAUCCCUCUUUCCCUUCAAGGUGGCCGGUGAAUCUGCCGUAUUGGCUACUGGAGUGAGAGAGACUCGUGGACCCGGGGAACCUGUAGUUACGUUGUUUCAUAAAUGUUAUAAAGGUCGGGGGGCUAAAGGGAUGCUGGAAAGGGGGUCUUAGCUCUGUGAACUUUCUCGAGCCAGCAGGAAAAGCAAGAAGAGAAGUAAGAGCUCCCAACUACAAAGAGAGGGUUAUCCCUGGGGUAGGGAGAGCUGAGCUGAGCUGAGCUGGGAGGGUAGACCUGAGUUUGGAGAGAAGGAGGAUGUGGCAGAGAUGGUAUUUCAGCAGAGAAGUUGGGUUUCAGAAUGCAGGGCCAUCUGUGAAGACUGAGAACAAUUCUGAGGGAAUCCUGACCCAUUUUCAGCACUGCCUUUUGCAGUCUCCAGGUGCAGCUUACAUACUCAUCAGGUAAAAGAAGCAGUCAGGGGUGUCACGUGUGAUUCAGCAAAUUGUAUUCCCCAGAACUUUCCAUUUCACCCCCCACCCCUUCAAACCCCCUUUCAAAGUCUCUGGUGAGGCUCUGACUCGCAAAUUUGGAAGUUUCCUGCCAUCAGCAUUUGUUGGGUUGUUACGUUUCCAUCUGCCCCUCCUGUUCCUGCAGAGACUGUCCUGGUUGGGGGUGGCAAGUACCCUGCAGCACAGGGAGUCCCAAGUUCUGUCCAUGGCUCUGCUUUGUGAACAGGCUCCUGGCAGGGACAGGAAGCUGCUGCUUGUAGUGAGGUUGACUGAGGGCACUUCUGGUCGAAGGGCUGGACCCUCUGGUCAAGUUAACUGGGAGGCCUCCACAAGUGGUUUUUUAAGAGGCACAUGAAAGGAUGAAGUGGGGUAGUUUUUAAGGCAAACUGCCAAAGAGUGUAGUAUAAAAGGGAAGAGGGUGGGUCAGAGCCCUUGCAGUUCAGCUGGGGAGGCAAUGGAAUCCAGUGUGAAUCACAAAGGGUGAGUUUUGUCAGCACAUGCAAAUCAGGAAGGUGGAAAAGGUGCAGGAGCAGGGGUGUGUUGAGAUGCCUCCUCCCAAAGCUGUGUCCUGUGUUCCCCUUUUUGGUUCUAUUCUGUAUUUUGUAAAGCCUCUCCCCCAGCCCUUAUUCCCAGUUUACGAGUGAAGGGAACCAAGAUGGAAAUAAAAUGCAAUGGUUGCUCGACAGACCUGGGGCAGGGGAGUGAUAAUGUCUAGUCUGACUGCAGGAAGGUGGAGAACUAGCAUUGCUUCUUAAAUUUGCUGUCAGGAUAAGCUAAUUGGAUCUUUGCCAAGGAAGUGGACAGAGUCUCAUUGUAUGGGGGGGGGAUGGGAUGGGACAUUUUUGUUUGUUUUCUGUUUGUGGUUUUUUUUUCUUUUAAGUGUGUGGUUGGGGAGGGGGGGAAUUCGUCAUUGAGUGUUUCCAAGAGAAAUGAGGAAUCCCAGACAACUUCUACAUGGAGUCAGCUGUUAUCUCUGCUGCCUCCGAGUGGGAAUGAUACAGCUUGGAAGCACUUGUGAUGGGUUUCUGCAGAAAGUGGCACCAGAGACAACCACGAGAGACAACCUCUGGUAGGUGCCAGCUAGUGUUUUGCAGAGGGUGUUACUGAGAGCCAGCCCUGUGGAAGUCUGAAAACAGCACUGAAAGAAAACCAAACCCAAGAUGGCUCCUUCUGCCUAUCCAAGUGCUCCUCAUUUGCAUAUUUGCCUCAUUUGUGUAUUAAGUUGCGCCUCGUUUGCAUCUGUAAAUACAUGCCGGUCAGUGUGCAAAUUAGCCUCGUUCCUCUGCCCCUGAAGUAAACAUGUGCGUUGUGAGCACGCGGAGGGUGCGGGGCCCAGUGGGCCCCUGGGGCCGGCCUGGCGCACCCCCGUGCUUUGUGUCAGUUGUCAGGGAGAGAGGCGCGCGGUCUCACGAGUUUAUUUUUGUGCAUGCUUUCUUAAUAAAAACAAAAAGUGAAUGUUUAUGGUUUAA